GCCUUGCCGGGCGCCCCCGCCAGUCCUGCCGGAAGAUGGUCAACGACCGGUGGAAGACCAUGGGCGGCGCUUCCCAACUUGAGGACGGGCCGCGCGAGAAGCCGCAGGGGAGAAAACUGAGACUCAGAGAGCGGCCGAGCUGUGGCUACGUGCUGUGCACUGUGCUGCUCUCCCUGGCCGUGCUGCUGGCCGUGGCCGUCACAGGGGCUGUGCUCUUCCUGAACCAUAACCACACACCGGGCACAGCGCCCCCACCCAUCGUCAGCACCGGGCCGGCUGGGCCCAACAGUGCCCUAGUCACCGUGGACAGGGCCGACAGUUCGCACCUCAGCAUCCUCAUCGACCCACGCUGCCCCGACCUCACUGACGGCUUCACCCGCCUGGAGGGUGCCCAGGCCUCAGUGCUACGGGUGCUGACCGAGCACCAAGCUAGGCCGCGACUGGUGGGUGAGCAAGAUCGGGUGCUGCUGGACACGCUGGCUGACCAGCUGCCUCGGCUGCUGGCUCGGGCCUCGGAGCUGCAGGCGGAAUGCGUGGGGCUGCGGAAGGACCACAGCACACUGGGCCAGGGGCUCAACGCCCUGCAGAGCGAGCAGGGCCGCCUCAUCCAGCUUCUCUCUGAGAGCCAAGGGCAAAUGGCUCACCUGGUCACCUCCGUCAGCGAGGUCCUGGAUGCCCUGCAGAGGGACCGGGGGCUGGGUCGACCCCGAGUCAAGGCUGAUCUUCAGAGGGCACCUGCCAGGGGAGCACGGCCCCGGGGCUGCGCCAAUGGCUCUCGGCCCCGUGACUGUCUGGAUGUACUGCUGAGUGGACAGCAGGAGGAUGGCAUCUACUCAGUCUUUCCCACCCACUACCCUGCCGGCUUCCAGGUCUACUGCGACAUGAGCACUGAUGGUGGCGGUUGGACGGUGUUUCAGCGCCGCGAGGACGGCUCAGUGAACUUCUUCCGCGGCUGGGAGGCCUACCGGGAUGGCUUCGGCAAGCUGACGGGGGAGCACUGGUUAGGCCUCAAGAGGAUCCAUGCCCUGACCACUCAGGCUGCCUAUGAACUGCACGUGGACCUGCAGGAUUUUGACAAUGGCACGGCCUAUGCUCACUAUGGGAGCUUUGGUGUGGGCUUGUUCUCUGUGGAUCCUGAGGAAGAUGGAUACCCACUCACGGUGGCCGACUACUCAGGGACUGCAGGUGACUCCCUCUCGAAGCACAGUGGCAUGAGGUUCACCACCAAGGACCGUGACAGUGACCACUCAGAGAACAACUGCGCUGCCUUCUACCGCGGUGCCUGGUGGUACCGCAACUGCCACACGUCCAACCUCAAUGGGCAGUACCUGCGCGGCGCCCACGCCUCUUACGCUGAUGGUGUCGAGUGGUCCUCCUGGACUGGCUGGCAAUACUCGCUCAAGUUCUCCGAGAUGAAGAUCCGGCCAGUCCGAGAGGACAGCUAG